UCUACUUUUGUUUCUCACUACAACACUACUACACCAACAAGCAGACAUGAGUAGUUUUCCUCAUUUCCUUGUCAUGCCUUAUCCAAUUCUCGGACACAUGAAUCCACUUCUUCAAUUCUCUCAGGUUUUGGCCACGCGUGGCUGCAAAAUAACCUUUUUGAUAACCGAGUUCAACCAAAAGAGAAUGAAGGGUGAAAUUGAGCACUUGGGAGAACACAUGAAGUUUGUGACACUCCCAGAUGGUUUGGAUCCAGAAGAUGACAGGAGUGACCAAUCAAAGAUUUUGUCACUCAGAAGAACCAUGCCCUCUAAGCUUCACAAGCUCAUUCAAGACAUCAAUGCUUUGGAAUGUGACAACAAGAUCACUUGUAUUGUUGUUUCUAAGAACAUUGGAUGGGCCUUGGAAGUUGGACACGAGUUAGGAAUUAAAGGGGCUCUUCUGUGGCCUGCAUCAGCUACUUCAUUCGCCUCUUUUCAGUCCAUUCCGAAGCUCAUUGAUGAGGGAAUUAUAGACCCUCAAACUGGACUUCCAACCAGAAAACAGGAAAUUCAGCUUUUACCAAAUUCACCCAUGAUGGACACGGCAAAGCUACCUUGGUGUAGUCUUGGUAAGAAUUUUUUCCUUCACAUGGUACAAGACACACAAAGCUUGAAGUUAGGAGAAUGGUGGCUUUGCAACACCACAUGUGAUCUUGAGCCAGGAGCACUCGCCAUGAGCCCAAGGCUCCUUCCAAUUGGCCCAUUAAUGCAAACCGACACCAACAAAAGCUCAUUCUGGAGAGAAGACCCAACUUGUCUAAACUGGUUGGAUCAAUUUCCACCUCAAUCUGUUGUAUAUGUUUCCUUUGGUAGUUUGGCAGUAAUGGACCCCAACCAAUUUAAGGAACUAGCUAUUGGGCUUGAUCUCCUCAACAAGCCUUUUCUUUGGGUUGUACGUCCAAGUAACGAUCAUAACAAGGUGAAAAAUGCAUACCCAAAUGAAUUCCAUGGAUCUAAAGGUAAAAUUAUAUCUUGGGCUCCCCAAAAGAAGAUAUUGAACCACCCUUCCAUAGCUUGCUUUAUUACACAUUGUGGUUGGAAUUCUAUUAUUGAAGGUGUGUGUGGUGGCAUACCUUUCUUGUGUUGGCCAUUUUUCAGUGACCAAUUUAUUAACAAGUCGUAUAUUUGUGAUGUGUGGAAAGUUGGAAUGGGAUUAGACAAAGAUGAAAAUGGAUUAAUAUCAAAGGGAGAGAUUAGGAAGAAGGUGGAGCAACUUCUUGGGAAUGAAGACAUAAAAGUGAGAUCAUUGAAGUUGAUGGAAUUGAUGGUGGAUAAUUCAGCGGAAGAGGGUCAAUCUUCAAAGAAUCUCGAAAAGUUUAUCAAUUGGGCCAAGGGUUAAUCGUCAUGGUGUUAUUUUUUAAGGUGAAAAGGCUUUUGAUACUUCGUAAGUUGAUGAUCGACAAAUGAUUUUAAUUCAAUCCAUCGAUGUGUCCUGAACAUACCUUAGUAGAAAACAUUUUAUGUCUUAUGGGUUCAACAUAUUUUGUCUGUUUUCAAACACAUGCAACUUAAGAAAGUUAGGUUGAAGUCGUUAUAUUAUUCCAAUAAAGUCGAUCAUACUUUUA